AUGAGCUCACUCAAUUACCGCAGCAGACUCAAGCCAGCCAUUCAGUUCGUCCUGGAGCCUAUUCUGGUGCGCCAGGCGCGGGCCUACACCGCAAUGCCACAAUGCGUUUUUCUAUUCUGGGGCGAGCGGGAUUCUCUGCGCUGGGAAUAUAUGACCUCCGCCCAGAGCGAAAACUUUGAAUUGGCUGAUACCAGCACACCACAAAAAGACAGCAUACGACUGUCUGUUGCCACCCCAGUGGAAGAGACUUCCACAAUGAACCUACAAACAGCACAAGAACUGGGAGAUAUCAGAGAGCAAGAUGCACAUGACACAGAAGUCAGAAGACGCAAAGAAGAUCAAAGCAACACUGAAAUUUGUAGUACCAUGGUUGUUCUCUUGAUUGUAUUCCUUAUCCCCAGGGAAGGACACACGACUGUGGCUCCUAUGGACUAUGCCACUACAGUGCCAACCAUGGCCCCAACAUCACUGGAAUCAUUCCUUUUAUCGUUGCUCCCAAAUCACACCAUGAGGGAAAUCGAAGACAAGAAUUCGGCGCAAUACACAGCCUUUGAAUGGCUUAUAGAAGAUCCAUUUGUCUAUGACUAUCCAGAUUGGCGGAUUCUUCAAAGGCACGCUCUGAUGACAAUUUUCUAUGCGACUGCAGGCCCAACUCAAUGGAGCAACAACAAAGGAUGGGGAAGCUAUGAUCUACAUGAAUGUGCUUGGUUUCAAAAUCAAGAAUUUGCUCUCAAGUCAUUCGUAGGAAAGCUAUACCCAGGCUUCCUAAGAGGCUUCUUGGAGCCUCUACCUGACAGCCAAUGUGACAAGCAAGGGCUCUAUCAACAUUUGUGGUUGGAUCAGAACCACCUUGUUGGUUCUCUGCCAGAAGAACUUUACAGCUUGACCUCACUCAAAACUCUUUCUGCUGGUCUGAAUCCUCUGUAUGGCUCAUUGUCUAGCUAUAUUGGACAGCUUACAGAGUUGCAGGGGCUUGUCAUUUUCACGACUGGGCUGUCUGGAUCCAUACCAAAGGAAAUCAGCAAGUUGUCAUCCUUAGAAUUCAUUGGGCUGAAUGGCAACAAGCUGGGAGGGUCCAUUCCAGAUGAACUUUGGCAACUAAGCAAUCUGAACACCCUUGCUCUUGGUGUUAAUGAGAAGUUACAAGGAACCAUUCCAUCAAGUACUGGCAAUCUCUCAAAUCUGAGGUGGCUUUUGAUGGACGAUUGUGAUAUCUCUGGUUCUAUUCCUACAGAGCUUGGCCAGGCUAGAUCUCUAGAAUGGCUGGUUAUGUUGGGGAAUCAACUUUCUGGGACUAUCUCCUUUGAGCUUGGAGAACUCUCAAAGCUUGAGAUUCUCUCUUUGUCAUUCAAUCUUCUCCAGGGGACACUGCCCAGUCAACUCGGUCUUCUUACUUCAUCCUAUCGGUUGAACCUGCGCUACAAUUUCUUCACCGGCACUCUCCCAUCUGAGCUGGGGCUCCCUCCACUGCAACGGCUAGGCCUUGAGUCAAACCAGCUUUCUGGUACAAUUCCCAGUGCUUUCUCUAGCCUUUCCAAUUUGGAGUAUAUGGCCCUUGGCAGCAACCGUUUCACUGGUGAAAUCCCUUCCGAGUUUGGGAUUCUGACAUCUCUGGGUCAGCUUAGCAUGGAAAACAAUCUCCUGCAUGGAACUGUUCCAGUGGAAUUGGCUUCCUUGCAGGAAUCACUGUACAGCUUUCGGAUUGAGGGCAACAGCUUGCUUUCUGGUGUGAUCCCAGAACCUCUUUGUACUGUCAAUGGCACAUGCAUUGGCGAUGGCUUGGAAUCUUGUGAGGGGUCUUCUGGAUCAUCGUUUGACUGCACUGAGUUGUUGUGUGGGUGUGGCUGUCCCUGCUGA